AUGAAUAAGAGUCAUGUUCCCUCUGCAGGCAUACAUGUUAUGAAAAUAGGAGAAAACGUAGGUGAAAUCAUAGAAUUCCCAAUCGAUAAAAAUGUAGGUGAUCAGGAUGAACUCGUGGAUCACAAAGAAAAGAGUUCGCCGAUCGAAAUAUCAAAAUACGCAGAAUUUAUUGAUAUUGACGAUAAAAAUAAAGCAGUUUUAGUCGUAAAACUGCUUUAUAAUCUUGAAACGUUCCAAGAUGCCAAAGAUUUAAUCAAUUCUCUGGAAAAACAAUCAAAAAAUUAUGAAUCUGCAUUACAAAAUAAACCAGAAAUUUGG